UUCAUGUAGGUUGAAGAGACUGGCAAUAUUUCCCACGCCAUGUUCUUGAUGGGGAUGUGGAGUAACUUUAUCAAAAUCGUCUUCCUAUCCAAAGUUUUUGUUCCCAGUGCAGUGUCCCAGCCUGGUUUCACAAGAGAGCCUUCUUCUCCAUCCAAUGUUUUGGAGGGUAAUGGGUUAUUUCUGCAGUGGAACUACACUCUCGGUGGAGCGUUUCGAGAAGCUGAGUUUAUGCUGAUAAGAUCAAUUGCAAUAAGUGUCACAGAACGCAGUGCAUCAGACGCACAAGCUUUUAUAUUUCCAGAUUACCAAGGAAGGGUGGAAGCAAAUAUAACAGCGACACAGACAAACAUUACGUUGCCUUUGCUAACCAGAGCAGAUGCUGGAAGUUAUGCAUUUCAAGUAGCCCGCGAACCAGACCGAAGGACGUUUACUAGCUCAGUGACAAUUACAGUGCAGUAUCCACCAGAAUUAACUAGUGUCAGUGAUGAUGUAGUUGUUAGUGACAGUGACCCCAGUAUUACUUUCGAGUGUACCGCAGAUGGGGAACCAACACCAAACAUCACCUGGACCAGAGUAUAUGCUAACGGAAGUGACAGUGAUAUACUGGCAACUGGGAAUCAGUUUGUCCUCGAAAACAAUAGAAAUAAUAGCGGAACAUAUCGCUGUCAAGCAUCUAAUGGAAUAGGAACUGCACCAAAUCGCACAGUGGAAUUCGAUUUUUGUCGACCUUCGUCCAUACAGGAAAUACAACCUCAUAAUGUAACUGAAGGUAGCAAUGUGACUCUGCUGUGUAAUGUAUCUGGAAUCCCUUCACCAACGGUGUCUUGGAUGAGUCCUGACGGUCAGCGUCUGAUUGGAUACAUGUUGGAGGUUACAAAAAUUAACAGGAGUGAAGCUGGUGAAUACAAAUGUGAAGCCAGUAAUAAGUGUGGCAAUGCAACAGAGACAGCAAGCAUUGAUGUGCAAUACAAACCAGAAAAUGUCCAGUUAAUGGCUUCUGCCAUGAAUAGCAAAGCUUGUAAGGGAAAAUUCAUCAGAUUUAACUGCUCAGCUGAUGCUAAUCCAGCGGUAACGUCGUACCAGCUGUUCGAGAACGAAAGUGCCAUUUUAGACACAAGCCCUUCAGGAAUGUGGAAUAGGACUUUGGAAUAUGAAGGGGUGUUUGUCUACAAAUGUGUGGCAAACAACACUCUCGGAUCAAGAUACAGCACAAGUGUUACUGUCACUGUGAACGUACCUUCUUCAAUAACUCAAGUAACACAGCAUCAGAAUGUAACCGAAGGUAAUAAUGUGACUCUGUCUUGUAAUAUAUCCGGAAUUCCUCCACCAAUGGUGUCUUGGAUGAGUCCCGAUGGGCAGCAUCAUUAUGGAUACAAGUUGGAGGUAAAAGGCAUAAACAGGAGUCAAGCAGGUGAAUACAAAUGUAAAACCAGUAAUGAGUGUGGCAAUGCAACAAAGGAAGCAAGCAUCGGUGUGCUGUAUAAACCAGAGAAUACGCAGUUGACAACAUCUGCUACGGAUAUCAAAGCAUGCAAGGAUGACACCAUUAGCUUCAACUGCUCAGCUGAUGCUAAUCCAUCGGUGACGUCAUACCAGCUGUUCGAAAACGACUCUGCUAUCUUAGACGCAAACCCUUCAGGAUUUUGGAAUAGGAACUUGUCAACGAGCGGAGUGUUCAUUUACAAAUGUAUGGCCAACAACUCUUUAGGAUCAGACGUCAGUUCAUCUGUAAUUGUCACAGUAAAUGUGCCUUCAUCUAUUGAAACACUACACGAUCAGAAUGUAACUGAAGGUGGCAAUGUGACUCUGACGUGUAUUGCAGCUGGAAUGCCUCCACCAAUGGUGUCUUGGAUUAAGUCUGAUGGUCAGAGUAUUGCUGGGAAUGUGUUGGAGCUGAUGAAUAUCAGUAGGGUUGAAGCUGGAGAAUACAAGUGUGAAGCCAUUAAUGAGUGUGGCAAUGAGACAAAGACAGCAAGCAUUGAUGUGCAGUUCAAACCAGAGAAUGUGCAAUUGUCAACCUCCAUCAUCAAUAGCAAAGCAUGUCUAAAUGAUGUUAUCAGCUUCAACUGUUCAGCUAGUGCUAAUCCAUCUGUGACUUCCUAUCAGCUGUUUGAGAAUGGGACUGCUAUCUUAGACACGAGCUCACUAGGAAUUUGGACCAAGAUUUUGGAAGAUAGCGGAGUGUUUGUCUACACAUGUGUGGCUAAUAACACUUUGGGAACAGCAUCUCAUACAACUUUUGCUGUUACUGUGAAUGUGCCGUCAUCUAUACAAGCAAGAGAUAAUAAGACAGUCACUGAAGGUGACAGUGUGACUCUUCUGUGUAACGUAUCUGGAAUACCUUCACCAAUGGUUUCUUGGAGGACACUUAAUGGCCAGCUUCUUAGUGUGCACAUGCCAAAUGGCCAGCGUCUUAAUGAGUACAUGUUGGUAAUUUUAAACAUUAGCAGGAGUGAAGGUCGUAAAUACAUAUGUGAAGCCACCAAUGAAUGCGGCAACUCGACAGAGGCAGCUAACAUUGAUGUGCAGUUACCUCCUUCAAUAACUCAGGUAACACCACAUCUGAAUGUAACUGAAGGUAACAAUGUGACUCUGUCAUGUAUUGUAUCUGGAAUUCCUUUACCAGUGGUAUCUUGGGUGAGUCCCAAUGGACAGCAUCUUAGUGGAUGUAUGUUGGAGGUAACCAACAUUAACAGGAGUCAAGCUGGGGCAUACAAAUGUGAGGCCCGUAACGAAUGUGGCAAUGCAACAAAGACAAAGAACAUUGAUGUGAAUUAUAAACCAGGGAAUGUGCGGUUGGCAACGUCUACCACGGAUAACAAGGCAUGCAAGGAUGACAUCAUUAGCUUUAACUGCUCAGCUGAUGCUAAUCCAUCGGUGACGUCAUACCAGCUGUUUGAGAAUGACACUGCUAUCUUAGACGCAAGCCCUUUAGGGUUGUGGUAUAACCGCGUGCUAACCGGUAGACUGUUUAUGUACAAAUGUGUGGCCAACAACUCUUUAGGAUCAGACGUCAGUUCAUCUGUUCAUGUUGCAGUUAAUGUGCCUUCAUAUAUUGAAACAAUACACGAUCAGAAUGUAACUGAGGGUGAUAAUGUGACUUUGACAUGUAAUGCAUCUGGAAUACCUCCACCAAUGGUAUCUUGGAUUAAGCCUGAUCGUCAGAGCGUUGCUGGAAAUAUGUUGGAACUGGUGAAUACUAACAGAAAUGAAGCCGGCGAAUACAGAUGUGAAGCCAGCAAUGAAUGUGGCAAUGCAACAAAGAUGGCAAUCAUUGAUGUUUACUUCGCUGCUUCAGUAGUGGCCAUGGGUAAUCGCACUGCCCAAAAGGGUAGAACAAUUCAACUUUAUUGUAAUGUGACUGGAACGCUACCACAUACUAUCUUAUGGACCCAUGUAGAAUCAGGCCGCACGUGGGACAAGAAAACAUGGAUUAUUGAAGGUAUCCAAGUAGGGAGACUUGGAGAAUACAGGUGUAAUGCCAGCAACAAAUAUGGAGGAGAUGUCAAAAGUACCUUUAUCUUUCAUGAAGGUGGUCUUUGUGAGAAACCAUGCACUGCAGGGCAAUCUUGUCGAGAGUUUGGAACAUACAUCUGUGUCUGUCCACUAGGAAAGACAGGAACA